AUGACUGGACCCAUCUUACCUAAUAUAUCAGAGCCUCCCGCCGGUGGAAUUCCUUCUGCUAUGAUGACAAGUACACCUAGAGGUCCAGCAUCAAGCUUCAACUUGGGUUCAAGUGAGGAGAUCGAUUAUCAGAAUCUGAAAGCCAUCAACACUAUUUGUGAGGUUUCAAACAGCCCACAAAGCAUUCAUGAAUGUUUCGGAUUUGUUGUAGAUGAAGCCCAAAAACUUAAAGGCACGUCUGAAGUUCCAAAGUGGCACAAGUCUUUCCCAUCCAGAAUUCUCAACUUCGGCGAGCUACUCAGAAGAAUCUCUGGGCCUACUUCAUCCGUCGUUCCUAAAAGUAGCACGACACUCUUCAAACUUGAGAAAAUCACAUUAGCUGUGAACUUGGCCUCACCACUGCUCCAGCUCCAUGCCACUCCUUGGUUCAAUGAGCGAUGGAAUAAAAGCGAGAUUCUGUUCUUGUCUGACAGAAGCAAUCCAAGCAUUCGUCCUGUGGAUAUAGAACGUCCGCUACUUGCCCAUAAGUUCUUUUCCAGCGGUAUUGCCAGUCCUACUCCGCGAAAUUCGCUUCCCACUCCUACUCACCCAAACAUUAGUGUCUUAUGCCUCGGAAUAAUGCUCCUAGAACUCUGGUUUGCGGAACCUAUCGAAUCUCAUCGAAUCUCCAGUGAUCUGGUUAGCAGUGUUCCAAAUUCAAGCACCGAUCUUAUUGUGGCUGAGAGAUGCGUGAAAGAGAAUGGACAUUUGGAAAAUAUGCCUGCAGGAUAUUUUCAAGCCGUCAGUUGUUGUGUCUUCUGUUUUUUUCCAACCUAUGCCGAAAAAUAA